AUGAUAUCCGGCGCCCUCCUGGCCGUCCUGGCCGGCGUCGUCCUCGCCUACUACGUCCACCAAAAGGUCCGCGAGAGCCUCAGCCGCGCCGCCGAGGCAAAGAAACUAGGCUGCCGGCCGCCCGUCGCCGACACCUGCGACGACCCCAUCGGCAUCUCCGGCACGCUUCUGUGCAUACGCGCGCAUAGCGACAAUCGCUUCCUCGACACGGUGCAGCAGCGCAUACGCAGCUUGCAGGAGCGCAUCGGGCGGCCCCUUAAGACGGUUGCGCUCCGGACCCUCUUCUUCCGCGACAUUGUCGUCACCUUUGAUCCUCGGAAUGUCCAGGCCAUACUCGCCCUCAAAGCCAAGGACUUUGAUCUCGGCGUCAACCGCACCGGCAACUUUAAACCGCUGCUUGGAGCAAAUGGCAUCUUUGUCGCCACCGGGAAGCUCUGGGAACACUCAAGAGCUUGGCUUCGACCGCAGUUUGUCCGCGGCAACAUCCACCUCGAUCGAGAAGAGAUUCACACCCGGGCUCUCAUCACGGCAUUGGAGCGCCGCGCCGGGCCAGACGGCUGGACGGACCUGGUAGAUCUUCAAGAGUUCUUCUUCCGCUAUACGCUCGACUCGACGACCGACUUCUUAUUUGGACAGAGCGUCAGCACCCAGCAGGGGCCCGAUACACCCGCGCACGACGCCAGCUUCUCGCAGGCAAUAGACAAGACGCAGUCUGGGAUAUCUCUCGGCGCGAGGUUGGGACCGCUGUACUGGCUGGCCCAUACACCCGGGUUCAAGCGGGCGGUCAAGACAAUCAACGCCUACAUCGACCGCUUCACCCACGCUGCUAUACGGCUGAGAAAGGACGAGCAACAGGGACUCGACAAGGGAGCAGAGCACCAAGAGGGAAAGGACACUUUCCUCUACAGGCUCACAGAAGACAGCCAAGAUCCAGUCGACUUGCGCAACCAACUGCUGAGCGUCCUCCUCGCGGGCCGUGACACCACGGCUUCGACUCUCGGGUGGCUAUUCUUCGUAAUUGCCAGUCCCCAGUAUCAACCGAUCUUCCAGCGGUUAAGAAAUGUCAUUGUCAGGGAAUUUGGCGAGCAGUCGUCCCCCAGCCCGGGAGAUAUUUCCCUUGACCGCAUCAGAAACUGCCAGUACCUGCAGUGGUGCAUCAACGAGUGUCUACGGCUCUAUCCCGCUGUUCCCAUCAAUACGCGGAUAGCGCAGGUGAAUACCCAUCUACCAACAGGGGGAGGCCCUGAUGGAACAGCCCCUAUUUGGAUCAACAAGGGGGAAGAGGUGACAUAUUCGGUUCAUCUCCUGCACCGCUGCGAAGAGAUCUGGGGAGACGACGCCGCCGUCUUCAGGCCCGAACGGUGGGAGAAGACCGUCUCUCGAUGGGAUUACCUGCCCUUCAACGCCGGUCCGCGGACCUGCAUCGGCCAGCAGCCUGCCCUCAUCAGGAUCGCGCACCUGGUGAUCCGGUUCAUGCUACGCAUCGACGCCAUCGACGGGUCCAGGAUAGGUCCUGAACGACAUGCAUUGACGCUGGUCGACUGCCCUGCGAACGGUGUCAAUGUUCGGCUACGCUUCGCUGCGUAA